AGUCAGGUGGUCAUGUAAAAUUUUAAAUACUUUCCGAUCCAGUACAGCACUUGGGCUGGGUUUGGGCUCCAUGGCCUCUGAUCUGAGAUGCAAGGGGAUUGUUUUGCCCUCGGUCAUCUUGGCGCUGGCUCUGGGGGGAGCCUUGGGCGAGGAAGUGAGUGUGGGCUCUGCAGUGCCCCCUGCAGGAGAUGCAGCCACAGAAGCACACGGCGGACCUCCUCCCGAAGCUGCGGGCCAUGGCCCUGGCCGACAGGGCUGUGUUUGAGAAGGGCAUGCGGGCCUUCGUGUCCUUCGUCCAGGCCUACGCCAAGCACGAGUGCAGCCUCAUCUUCAGACUCAAGGAUCUGGACUUUGCUGCCCUGGCGCGAGGCUUCGCCCUGCUCAGGAUGCCCAAGAUGCCGGAACUGAGGGGAAAGCAGUUUCCAGACUUCGUGCCCGUGGACGUCAACACGGACACCAUUCCAUUCAGAGAUAAGAUCAGGGAAAAGCAGAGGCAGAAACAGCUGGAGCAGCAGAGGAAGGAGAAGACAGAAAACGAAGGGAGGAGAAGAUUCGUGA